CCGUUCGUCACGAAAGAGUGUUCGACCAUCUUUUUGACACCCGCUAGAAUCGGAUGAGAAAAAAUCUUGAUCCGCAUUCAAACCGACGAACGAAAGUGUAAAAAAGGUUGCCCACUGCCCAGGGAAGCGAACCACAUCCGCAUUAGAACCACGAAACGCAGGAGCCAUGUUCAAGUCCGUUGUGCCAGUGUUGGCUCAGGUUCCGGCUGAGAUAUGCCUGGGUCAGCAGAACCGCGGCAUGGCCACGCUGAAGGCCAUCCAGAUUCGGCUAAAGUCGGUCAAAAACAUCCAGAAAAUCACCCAAUCCAUGAAGAUGGUGUCGGCAGCCAAGUACGCGCGUGCCGAGCGUGAUCUGAAGCAGGCCAGACCGUACGGUAUCGGUGCGCAGCAGUUCUACGAGAAAGCCGAAGUGGCUCCGAAGGAGGAAGAAGCCAAGAAGCUGUUCAUUGCCAUCACUUCCGACCGUGGCCUGUGCGGUGCUGUGCACACCGGUGUCGCCCGCUUCAUCCGUGGCGAGUUGGCCAAGGACCCGAACAUCAAGGUGGUCUGUGUUGGCGACAAGUCCCGUGGUAUUCUGUCGCGUUUGUACGGCAAGAACAUCGAGAUGGUGGCAAACGAGGUGGGCCGUUUGCCGCCGACCUUCUUGGAUGCGGCGAAGCUGUGCAACGCCAUCCUGAACCUUGGCUACGAGUACACCGACGGCAAAAUCGUGUACAACAAGUUCAAGUCGGUCGUCUCGUACCAGGUGGGCGACAUUCCGAUCUUUUCGCUGAAAUCGGUAGAGGCGGCCGAAAAGCUGCCGGUGUACGACUCGCUCGACUCCGAGGUCAUCCAGAGCUAUCUAGAGUUUUCGCUCGCUUCGCUGCUGUUCUACACGAUGAAGGAAGGUGCCUGCUCGGAGCAGUCCUCCCGUAUGACGGCCAUGGACAACGCUUCGAAGAACGCUGGCGAAAUGAUUGACAAGCUGACGCUUACCUUCAACCGUACCAGACAGGCGGUGAUCACUCGUGAGCUGAUUGAAAUUAUUUCUGGUGCUUCCGCGCUGGAGAGCAAGGAUUAAGCACACCGGCGGCAGUGCAUGGUUUAGGUUCCACUCGUCGCGGCAGCAGCAUCCUUUUCUUUAAGAUACGCCGGGUGCCGUGCGAUAACGCACUAGCGGGAGUUACGAUCCAUCCUCGACGGCAAGAAGGGAAAAUAUAGUAACAUGAACACGGAUUAA